ACGGCGAGUCCAAGGAGGCCGACCUCACCGUGCAGGAGACCAUGCAUCGGCCUAACGUCAAUUCCGUCUCGGAAAACUGGUCGACGAAACCAGCGGUGGCCAAUAAGCCAUCCACCGACUACUCCAAGCCGUACUUCGCGGUCAAGACGACUACUUACAGGCCCAUUUCUGUCGGAGUGAUGGUGGACACCAGACCCAGUUUCGUCUCCAAGCCGGACAGCUCCAGCUCGCCCACGAAAGCAUCUACGACCCCCAAACCCUCGUACUAUAGUGGGCAACUGAUGACCAGCGCAGCCGGAUCCUUGGCGCAGACCGCCCAUUGGCAAGUAACAACGGAGCCAGCCUUCAUAACGAAGCACAGACCUUCGUCCACGAAGCCGACGAGUCUUCCGGAGAGCACCAGACCUGGCGGCUCCUACUUCUGGUCGGAGAACAGCUGGACCCCGCCCAGGCCUUCGAUCAAGCCCCACUGGAUGGACAACCCCAGCCUGAUGCAAAACGGACCCGAGAGCUUCCCGCAGCGGACGGGUUUCAAGCCGACCACGGAGCCGCAAGAAAAUCCAGACUACCAUAAACCCAUCGGGUCCGCCCACUACAUCACGACCUCGUAUGUCGAGACCUCGACCAAGCCGAGGCCCACGAAGAGCACCACGACCUCCACCACGACUACUACUACGACGACGACCACGACGACUACCUCCCGACCGCCGACCACGACUGCCUCAUCCAUCAGCACUUCUGGUGCCGAGGAUGCUGCAGGGAUCGUCUCCAAACUCGGCUCGGUGUCCACCGUUUCUGCAGCUACCGAAAGCAAGAACAUGCAGUGUGGUAUUCCUCCACUUUUCCCGAGGCCGGAAACCAGGAUCGUCGGGGGCAAGGAUGCUCCUUUUGGACGGUGGCCUUGGCAGGUGUCCGUCAGGAGGACCUCCUUCUUCGGGUUCUCCAGCACUCAUCGAUGCGGUGGCGCCGUCUUGAACGAGAACUGGAUCGCCACUGCCGGACACUGCGUCGACGAUUUGCUGACCUCCCAAAUCCGCAUCCGAGUGGGCGAGUACGAUUUCUCGUCGGUGCAAGAGCGUCUGCCUUUUGUGGAGCGCGCCGUCGCGAAGAAGGUGGUGCACCCUAAGUACAACUUCUUCACCUACGAGUACGACCUCGCCCUGGUGCGCCUGGAGAGCUCUCUAACCUUUGCCCCCCACAUAUCGCCGAUAUGCUUGCCAGCGUCUGACGACCUCUUGAUAGGAGAGAACGCCACCGUCACAGGGUGGGGCCGACUCAGCGAGGGUGGCAUCUUGCCCUCGGUACUCCAGGAGGUCUCCGUGCCCAUUGUCAGCAACGACAGAUGCAAGUCCAUGUUCCUCAGGGCUGGGAGGCACGAGUUCAUCCCCGACAUCUUCCUCUGCGCAGGAUACGAGACCGGAGGUCAGGACUCGUGCCAGGGGGACUCCGGAGGUCCUCUUCAGGUCCGAGGGAAGGACGGCCGGUACUUCCUGGCGGGGAUCAUAUCCUGGGGCAUCGGAUGCGCCGAGGCGAACCUCCCAGGAGUCUGCACAAGGAUCUCGAAAUUCGUCCCCUGGAUCCUGAAGAACGUCACCUGAGCUUACCAAGGAAGAGUUCCUCGAGAGUCCGAGGCCGACUGGCCAUCUUGGCUCUCCCGAUUUCCGGAAAUCAACGAACUUCUAGAUCCCCUCCUUACCUCUUCCUCUUCACGCUGAAGAGGCGAGUCAAUACCAAAUCGAUCCCGGUACCUACUUGAACGUACAUACCGAGUGACUGAGAACGUGUCGAGCGAUCGAUGAUGCUCAGAAAUGAUCAAGGGAUCCAAACUCGACGACGACUCGAAGAGUCCAUGUCGAGGGAUCUUGAAGAGAUGCGCAAUGGACUGAUAGCAUCGAGCGCUUUAUUUUUAAAAUAAUUUAAGUCACCCAAGGGACGAGUCCUGGGUCCAGAAACUCGAGGCCGCUGA